AUGAAUUGCGACAUUAUUACAAACUCCAAACAUAAGGUAGUGUUGGAAGAUCAAGUUUAUAAGGACAAGGAAACUUUAAAGGCUGUGAUGACGCAAUACGCUAUUGAUCAUAGAUUCCAAUGGAAAACGGACAGAUCGAGUCAAACAUGUUAUACACUUGUUUAUGUCUCUGAUAAUUGUGGGUGGGUGUUGAAGUCGUCAAGUAUCAAUAAAUCUGGAAUAUUCAGAAUUAGAAAAUUCGUAGAUGAUCACACGUGUCCAUUGAAAGAUAAGGUUUAUGAACAACGUCAAGCAACAAGCAAUCUUAUUGGAGGUAUGAUACAACCCAAGUUAGUUGAUCAUAAAAGGAAGUUGACGCCAAAGGAUAUACAACAAAAUGUCAGCCUAGCUCUUGGAGUAAAUGUAUCACACUUAGUGGCGUGGAAGGCUAAGGAAAAGGCUGUAAUUUCUUUAAGGGGUACCCCAUCUGGUUCUUAUGGUAAACUGUCGAGCUACUUAUACGUAUUGGACGCUACCUACCCUGGAUCUCAUAUAAGGAUGAAGAAAACCGAUGAAAAUCAAUUUCUUUAUCUUUUUAUUUCUCUCUUCCCGUUCAUAAAAGGUUUUGAGUGUUGUAAACCAAUUGUCGUAGUUGAUGGCAGCCGCCACAGGGGGAAGUACAAUGGAGUAUUUGUUUCUGCAAGUACUGUUGAUGGAGCAGGAAAUAUAUUGCCGCUAGCAUAUGAAAUUAUUGAUUCAGAAAAUGAUGCAUCCUGGACUUGGUUUUUUGAACAGUUUAGAGAAGAGCAUAGCGUUAAAUAUAACAUGUGCAUUGUGUCCGAUCGAAACGAAAGUAUUAUAAAGGCAGUUUCGAGGGUAUUUGAUGGAGUUCCUCAUUAUGCCUGUAUUUGA